AUUUCGCGUUCUGAAAGCAAGCUGGAGACAAUAGGUAGCAUUUGUGAUGUGGCAGCUACGAAUGACCAGAAUCCGCCAUCUCAGGAGUCAUCCACACAGUUGGAGGAAAUUUUGAAAUCGGUUGUGAUUCCUUCGCCGAUAGACGAAGAACCUACGGUCAAUUCUUUAACUGCUGAUUACGGCGAGCCGAUGGAAACGUCCGCUCCUUUGAAGAAGAGAUGUCGCGGCGAUGCUGCAUAUAUGCGUCAGAUGUCAUGUGACGUUGUGAUGACCGAAGUGCAGGGAUACGGAAUGCACGGAAUGCGGAGCGAGUGGCGUCGUAGAUUUGAUGAGUUGGAGAACACUGUCCAAACUGUGAAUAAGUUCUUCAAAUACAUCGUCGAUUGUCCGAACAAGCCUUUGGUUUCCGAGUUGAUACCUUACGUGUGGGAUGCUCAUGGCAGUUGCUCUGUUCUCUGGGUGUAG